CACCCUGAUGAAGUUGCCGUCAAAAUGUCCCACCCCUCCAUAUGGUGACGCCAACCAAUCAAUAAGCAGUAUUCUGAAGUUUCAAUCCAUUGGGUAGUUUCGAGAACCAGCUAGCUAGCCUCGCCAAGCAAGAAGAUUCUACAGAUUUACCUCUGAUGCUUGAUUUCAGCAAGUUUAGUGUCUGUGAUUUGUAGAUCAUUCUUAUCUUACCAGAUCAUCUAAUUAUUAUAAGACCGCGUCUGUACUGAAACGGUGAGCGAAAAUCUAGUUCUACCAUCCAACCGGGAAUACCAACUCGCGGCAACCAAGGUGAUUGCUAAGAAUCAGCUAGCUAGCCAGCCCUCUGAACGUCCACAAGCUUGCUAACGUCAGUCUAGUGGUCGAAAUUCGGCGAACGAUUAGUUCCUUUCGAGUUUGUUUGCAGACAUCGCGUUAAAACUAUGUUAGUUUAGUUUAUCACACAGCAUAUAUUACCGUCCGGUUCUAGUGUACGAUGGCAGCAAGCUGGCAGGACGCUGCUACUCAGCAGGCUGAGCAGUUGGCGGCCCGCUUGAAGGAGCUCCUGUCGUCUGGCCUAGGCUAUCUCAACUCGGAACUCGGUGUGGAUUUGGGUCUGAAGCCUGAUCUCUAUCCGCCAUGGGUUAUCCUCUCAACGGCAUGUAUGGGAUUAUUGGUGAUUGUGGUAGUUUGGGCCUUUGUUUGUCGUGGUCUAUUUAGGGGUAAAGGUAGGUCGAAAAGAACUGAGACCAUAGCGGAGACUGUGAAACCAACUGUAAAGACUCCCAAACCCGAAGAUCAGAAGAAGAAGAGCAAAAAGAAACCAUCUGAAAAGAAACCACAAGCAAACGGUCGCCCAGUUGUUGAACAAGAACCGGAAGUCAAAGUGACUGAAGAAAUUCCUGCUGUCCAGCAACCCACACCAGAGAACAAGACUGACAAGGCAAAGAACAAGAAGAAGAAGCCAAAACCUGCCACUGUUCCAGAGACCAAGGCUCCCGUUUCUCCUUCUGCCAAAGAGCCUGAACCAGAAGGGAACUGGGAGACCAAAAUCAGCAACCGUGAGAAGCGUCAGCAGAAACGGAAGGAGAAGGGCACAGGCGACGCCUCCCCCAGCCCCGGAGGAGCCGAGCCCCCCACCACCCCAUCCCCAGCCCCAGCCCCUGAGCCGGCCAAGCCCACCACCCAGAAGAAGAGCAAAGUGGUGGCUGUCCGUGCUAAACCUGAGAAAGCAGAGCCUGUGGCAACUCAAGUGACUGCCCACCGGGAGCAGGCGCCAGCAGUGAACGGAGGCGAAUGGAACAGCGUUGGCGUGGCGAUCCCACCUCAGAAGAAGGCUCCAAAGGCCGAGAACUGGACCGCCCUGCCCAAGAAACCCGUCCAGCCCAAUCCCGAGGUGUCCGUCUGGGGGCAGGAUGUCGACGGAUGGACUGUUGUGGACAGGGGAAUCCCAUCUGCAUUCCCUGGACUGGGCCACCCAGCAUCUGCCAUGCAGUCUCGGCCUGUGGUAGAGCCGCAGUGGUCCGACCCGCCUCCCGUGGAAGAUGAGUGGUCUGGACAGAAUGGUGUGGACCCGUCCUCUGAUUGGAACGCUCCGUCUGAAGCGUGGGAGAACUACGAGGAGCCAGAGGCCCCCGCCCCUCCUCCAGAGAAGCCGGCCGCCACCCCACUGACCGACGCCACUGCUGAAGAUGCACAGGGCUCCGACGAUGACAAGGACAAAGCCGACCCCGGCGAGGGUGGGAAGAGCAAGAAGAAGAAGAAGAAGAAGAAGAAGAAGAAGGCCGACGAGACUGAAGCAGCUGCUCAGGAGGAGGUGAAGGAGACCCCAGCGGAAGUAGCGCCCCCCCCUCCGCCCGCACAGGCUCCCACUAAAGCUGCUGCCAAGGCCCCGAAGAACGCCAAGCCUGCCAAGCCGUCCCCUGCACCUGCCCCCGCCGAGGCUGACCCUCCCCGAGCCGCUGUGCAGGAGAAGGCCGUCCAGAAGACCCCCUCCCAAGUGCCACAGGGGCCUGCCGACGCUAAAGCCGCUGGCAAGCAGCCCGCCGGCCCCGCUCCUGCCCAGGACAAACCCGAGACCAAGCCAGAGUCCCCAAAGCAGGUGAAGAAGAAGAAGGCCCGGAGGGAAACAUGAGCUGCAGACUGACAUCAAGAGUUUAUAUGCAACAUAUAAAAAAAAAAAAAAGAGGAAGAAGUGGGGUGGGGAAAAAAAGAUUUUUAAGACCUGAAAGAUCAUGCAUAUGCAAUACUGAAGAGUGUACAGACUUUUGUAUGAAGUGACUACUUUUUUUAAAAGAAAAGACGUCAA